GAUAACCUAAAACUUUACCAAUAGCAGUAAAUAAAAAAGAACCUGAAAAUUAGUUCAUGCGAGUUUUUUUUAUAUAUUUUCUACCAAUGUUACGACUCACACCAAGCAUCGGUUUAUGCAAAUUAUCAGUAGAAACAAUAAAACGUUUGACGCCUGAAUUUCAACCCGUUCGAUGGAGAAAACCCAUAUGGCUCGGUACCGCCAAAAGUAAAUUGUUUCGGGUUCCGAAGAGACCAGUAAUACCUGACGACGAGAGUGAAGAACUGAAACGUCUGAAUAACAAGUACAGGACUGAGGUUAAAUCACUGAGACAGUACUUGACAAGGAAAUAUCAGAGUUUAAGCGAAACCAAUGAGGAUCCACAAAUACAACAGCAAGUUUUUGCUGAAGACUUUGCACGAUGCAAAGAAAUAAACGAAAAAUGGAACGCCGAAAUAAAAAUUUUGCGCGAAAAACGCGCCGCCAGCCAAUUGGAAGCAGAUCUGGCAUUUGCCAAGGAACGUAUUAGCCACGAGAUGCUCAAACAGGAAAAAUUGACAGAGGUUGUCGAAGAGCUAGUGCGAAAGGAAAAGGAAAUCUCCAAAACGUUUAUUACACCAGAAAAUAUAGAUGCAGCUAUAGAGAUUGCAUUGGAGAAUGAAGUGGAUUACAACUUUGCUAUCAAUGCUGCUGGAGAAAAAAUUAUGGGUAGAGAAGGCAAACCACAAGACAUGCCAGAGAAGAUUAAAAUUAGACAAUAAAUUAGUUGGAAAUAAAUUCUGGCUUUACUCAUUUUAUGUUCCAAUACUUUGUACCAUGAUUAAAACAAUUUAAAA